AUUGGUGCUUCCCAGCAAUCACGUCACGGGAGGUUAUUUAUGUAUUUAUUCCUUGGAAUUAUUAGGUCACACCGCUUACGAAAGGAAUUGGCGUAUACGCUGAAAAAACGGCUGUUUUAAACUGCGAUCUCUUCUGUGGUGUUUCCUUUAACUGCGGCUCAUCCAGCACUGCGGCUGUCCCCUCACCUGAACGCGUUCGUACUUGACUGCUAAAACACACGAAGAUUUCGUACUGCCGUCAGCUCCUAGAAAACAAGAAAUCUGCUUUCGAUAAGUUAGCACUGUCCCUGAGAUGCGCUCUGGACUUUUUGCGGCAAAAUUAUUGUGGAAGUGAGAUUUUUAACAUCACGGAAGCGGCAGUGUUUAUCUCUCCGACACAAUGGGGGUGCUGAUGUCCAAAAGGCAAAGUGUGGAGAAGGUGCAGAAAGUAAGUGUGGUUGUUUCAGCCUUUAAAGAAGGCCUUAAAGACAAGCCUGCAUUUGCCUGUCGGCCUGAGCAUCCGAAUUCUACCCAAGAACAAAAUGCAAUACCUACUGAGACAAAAGCGCAAGAGAACGAUAAUGAAUCAAAGCAGGAGUCAUCUAGUUCCCACUUUACAGCUAAGGAUGAUGCAGCAACAGCCUGGUCCAGACUUCGUGAUGGCCGAGGUUUGGAGCCAGAGGAGAUUCAGUGGGCUCAUCAACUUACUCCUCCUGCAUUCAUCCGACCAAAACGAAAAAUUGAUGAUGAUCAGCCUGUUGAUAUUAAUUUGGAGGAACAAGAGCAGCUUGUUAAUGAUGAGAUGUGUGAAAUCUGUGAAGUGUGGACUGCUGAAGAUCUCUACCCAUGCCGUAUCUGCACUCGUGUGUUUCAUGAUGGCUGUCUGAGAGAAAUGGGUUACCUGCACAAAAAGAACCUUCAGCAUCUGACUGAAACUGCACAUACUGCUACUGGGUGGAGUUGUUAUUACUGUGAUAAUGUUAAUCUACUGCUUACAGAAGAAGAGAUGUACAAUCUUAUGGACACAUUCAAAAAAUGCAAUAUCAUCCCAGAUUCCUGUCUUAGCUCUGAUGAGUUUCUGCACUACAAACACUUCGUUUCAAAGCAACAUUUUGGAAAGCAGAUGAGUGAAGAGAUGGAGGAGCAAGAGCUGAGACAGUUUUCUGCACUUGAACAGAGGGGCGAAAUUGAAUGGAUGGACUUUCUCUACCAUGAGUCUUUAAUUGUCCUCAAAAAAUUUCGCAGUAAGAAUUCUUCAGUACGACUACUGACAGCAAAGGAGAGAGAUCGAGCUAGGGAUACAUUUAUCAGCCUUGACACAAAUGGCAGUGGACUUAUUACAAGAACAGACUUCAUGAAAGCACAGCAGACCUGGUUUCGAAAGCACACCAAAGGAUCACAGUCUUGCAAUGGAAGACUUUUUGGACUCUGCUCCCCAGUGUGGCAAUUAAGCAGUGAGAACAUUGGGAAGAUUUCUGCAGGCAGUGAAAUGGGCUCUAGAUGUGGAGAGACUAUAGAAAAGUCAACGUUACCCUCUUCGGACAACACGCAAGUGGACUGGAACACUUUCAUAAGUGAAAGCGCCAUCUUCAUUGUGGCAUCCCGUCCAAAUAAUGCUGCAAUUCACCUGCACCCUCUACUAUAAAUCUCAAGACAGAAAUAUUGCCAAAUGCUGGAAGAAGAGCAAGCAUUGAACAUUAGGCUAACCUGCUAUGGUUAUAAACUAGCACAAUAGUUUGAUUUAUGACAUUUGAUUAAGUACUUUUAGUAGAAUAGCCCAUACAUCCUUUAGAAAUAGAAGUGAUACUGUUUCACACACAAAUCAGAUUGGCACACUACUCCCUGAGCCUGGCAAUGCCAUUUUAUAUUGUUUCUUCAAACUCAUAACUUUAAAGUAAACAUACCAAAAGCUGCCUAGCAUAGAAUAUUCCACAUAAAUUCUAAUGACAAUCAUAUUUUGGAAGUAAAGAUUACUAACCAUUGGAUUGUGUAAGAGAGACUGCAAAAUACACCUUACAGAAAGAGACCAAUUUCUAUCCUUGUAAUGAAAGACUUCAGUUAAAUUAAGAACACACCUUGGGAGGCAUAUUAUUCUCAUCUCAUAAAAACCAAGUUACAACAUUCAGGUUUUUGACUGCUGUGUGCAUCUAGAAUCCCUUAUGGUGUUAAAACUAACUUCCACCUCUUAACUAAUGAUAGAUAUCAGGGCAAUCCCUCUACUCUCCCAAAGCAAGGUCAAAAACCCACAUAUAUAAGGUGCUUGUAUUUUAAAUACAAUAUAUUUUAUGGUAUGUUAAAAAAGUGUAUUUUGUGAGGUAACCCAAGUCUGUGAGAGCCAGUUUCCACUCUGAGGAAGUUUUGCAUGUUGGCUGAUAGGAAAUUAGGAGGGAUCCAUAAAUGACCUGCAUUUUAAGAAUAUUUGGUGACAAUUAGAAUUAUUACUCUUUCUGCUGUCAGCAGAAUGUCUCCUGUGGUCUACAGGAUAUGAUGUUCAACCAUUAUUAUAUAAGAACAUUUGGCCGUAUUCCAUACUCAAAUAAGAAACAGUGAUGAAAAAAACUGUUUUUACAAAUUAAAGAAUAUAUUGUUGUGGAGAAUCUGUGUAGGAAAAACCUAGUGUGAAAGUCUUUUGCAGCUAAUAAUUACAAAUACGUAUCUCCAGAAAAGCAGCAUUCAAUCAGGCUGUCUACAAAAAUGCAUGCAGAUUAAAUAUAUUAUUUCUUAUAGAUCAAUUUACUAACACUGCAAUCUUUAUACCUCGUGCAA